GCCGUGCCGCUGAGAACUACGCUUCCCAAAUCUUUCUGCGAGGAUUGAGGCAGGCUGUUGCAAGGCUUCUUCUCUUUAGUUGGGUAAAGUCUUGGGCAUCCGGGAGGGUUGGUCGUGUCGCGAGUUCGAGGCUCCGUUGAAACCGGGUCUCCUCGGAGCUUCAGCUCGCGGAGGAAACAAGUGGCUCGCCCGGGAGGUAACCCGUUUGUUUGGGUAGAUCUGAUCUACUUGCACUCAGGUGGGAAAAAUGAACAAAGAUGCACAAAUGAGGGCAACUAUUAAUCAAAAGUUAAUUGAAACAGGAGAACGAGAACGUCUUAAAGAAUUAUUGAGAGCCAAAUUAAUUGAAUGCGGUUGGAAAGAUCAGCUAAAGGCACACUGCAAAGAUGUCAUCAAAGAGAAAGGGCUAGAACAUGUUACUGUUGAUGAUUUGGUGGCUGAAAUUACUCCAAAAGGCAGAGCUUUGGUCCCUGAUAGUGUAAAGAAAGAACUUCUACAAAGAAUAAGAACGUUUCUGGCUCAACAUGCCAGUCUUUGAUCCUUCCUUUUGAAUCUUACCAUGCUUUAACAUGCGGUGUUCAGUGAAUCAUAUGAAAAACUGGAUGAACAUUUUUCAUGCUUCAGGAUUAAAGUUCAUUAUUUUUUAAAAAAUAUUUCAUUUACUUACUCCAAGUCUACUUCCAUAUAUCAAUUAUUAUUAAUGUUUUAAUAAAAGAAAAAUGCCAACAACCUGUGCUUAAAUGUUAAAAUCAAAAAUGCUUUGCCAUUAAAACAGUGUU